GGGUUGGGCUGAACGGAGCCAGCAUCUUUCUGCGGCAGCGGUGGGAGCCAUCGGCACAGGCCAGCGCCGGGGCUGCGGGAAGGAAAGGGCCCCCCCCCUCCACCGCCUCCCCGUGCAUGGGGGGGGUUGCUGGACCCCCCAGGGUCUAGUGAGGGACACCACCCCCCCCGUUUGCCCGGAGGACCUGCACAGCCGCGGUUCCCGGUUUGAAGAGCGGCAGAGCCGGUAGCAGCAGGUGCUGGCAGCCCAUGGCGUCCUACCGCAUCCGGCAGUACCGGGACCAGGACUACGACGCCGUGCGGACCCUCUUCGCCCGCGGCAUCUUGGAGCACGCGCCGGCCGGCUACCGGCACGUCCUGCGCUCGGCGCGGGCGCAGCUGGGGCUGCUGGUCCUCUUUGUGGCGGUGCGGGUGGCCGCCGGCUACUGGGUGCUGGGGCUGGGGGCCGUGGCGCUGGUGCUGGCGGCCGCCUGGCCCCUGGUCCGCUCCUUCAGCACCUCCUACGUCUGCGACGCGCUGAGCACCGACCUCUGCGACAUCCCCUCCAGCUACCUGCGGGCGCCCGACUCCUGCUUCUGGGUGGCGGAGGCCGGGGGGACCGUGGUGGGCAUGGUGGCUGUGGCACCGCCGCAGGACCCGGCCGAGAGAGGGGUGGCCCUGGAGCUGAAGCGAAUGUCGGUCAGCAAGGACUACCGGGGCCGGGGCGUCUCCAAAGCGCUCUGCGGGGAGGUGCUGCGCUUCGCCCGGGCGCGGGGGUACGGGGCGGUGGUCCUCUCCACCUCCAUGGUGCAGGUGGCGGCCCAGCGGCUCUACGAGGGCCAAGGCUUCAGGAAGGUGGGCGUCUUCAGCCCCUCGCUGCUCGGCAGCCUGCUCUGCUUCCAGAUCUUCCGCUACCGCUGCGACCUGCCUGGCGGCACCGCAGCCCCGCCACGCUAGGCACCGCCGCGGCACCCCGACCCCAGCACGCGAGGCGCCGUCGUGGCACGCCUGACCACGUCCCCGGCACGCGAGGCGCCGCGGCGGCAUCCCUGACCCCAGCCGUGCCACGCGAGGUGCUGCCGUCGCACCCCAGACCCUGGCCCCCGGCGUGCGAGGCGCCACCGUGGCACCCCCGGCCCCGGCACCACCGCGGCACCCGCACGGGGUCGGCAGUGGGGGGCAGAGCCUGCGCCUGGCCAGGCUGCCGGGGCCCUCCCUGGUUUUCUAGCAGUGCGAAAUAAAUAGAGACCUGU